AUGGACAACGAUCGCCUAUCCGAUCCAGAUCUUAUAGGAACCUAUACUUACUCUUUUCUGCCUUCAGCACUCUCCUCUUGGGAACAUAUUUACCCAAAUAAUAGAAAAAAUGCACAUUCCUCCACCAAUCUCUCAGCGGUACGGGUCAAGCAGCCUGUCCUAAGCCUGCAUUCUCCUUUUUAUUUUAGAAUGUAUGUGAAGAUAAGGCGGACAUGCAAACCUCACCACUUCGGCCCCAGUUGCAUACCAUGCCACAUUCCCAAGGCGAGGGGCACUUGCGAUUUUAACGGCUUUCCGAUAUGCAAUGCAGGUCGUUUACUCUGCACCACGUCUUCUUUAGGCUAUUCUGGACCCGAGUGCUCGCAACAUAACUUCUGCAGAGAUUCGUCACCCUGCGCGCCAUUCGCAGUCUGUGUGAACACAGAAGACUCCUUCAUCUGCCUGUGCGAUGGUACCUCGGGCAAGAGAUGCGAAGUGGGCUUUGAUCCAUGCUCGGAGCACAUCUGCCUCCACAAUGGCACAUGCAUCGCAGUAGGGGAGAACAGAAACUUUGCUGAAUGCAUCAAUUGUGAUGUCGGCUGGAGUGGUCUUCAUUGCGAGGAGAAGGCUGAUGCUUGCGCAGAGGAGGAAAGGCGGCUCGGUCGACCGCCCUGUGCCAAUGGAGGACACUGUGUCAGUCGAAUGAACGGCACAGUACUCACCUGCCUCUGUGAAGACGGGUGGCAAGGGCCGAGGUGUGAAAUGGCGUUUACUACGGUAGGUCACUGUGGAAUUGUUAGACGCCUUCUCUUGUCACAAAUUAAAAGCGCAUUCCAUUCCAUUCCAUUCAGGUAUCAGUUAUUCUUGUGGCCAUCGCAAUUUGCAUCAUCAAUCACAAAGCCAAGAGGCGUUGAGAUGCAACCAGUGAAAGUGGAUUUGAAUGGCGAUCUGUGUAAGGCAAACAACCUCUACGAAGAAAUGGGAAAUAAGUCAGCUACAGGAGGAAAAAAAUUGCUGGAAAGUCUAGAUUACGACCUCCCUUCGAGUAAAAGUGUCAAUGAUGCCGAUUAUGAAGACUACGAAGCAAUGGCUAUUCAGCAAUAUGAUCCCAUCCACAAAGCCUUCACGCCGGUCCCCGCAUCUGAGUCUUUUGACAAUGAGGAGUAUGAACCGGUCAGCAUGAGAGCACAUGACGGUGGUUUAGUCACUCAGACUCCGGAACCCGGUUCCGCAUAUCUUAACAAUGAGGAAUAUGAAACGGUCUCUGAAACAACAGACUACCGACCACUUCCAGCACCACCAAUGGGUUCUAAUGCUAAGGCUUUUUUGUAA